CUGGAGGGAUGGACAAUGUUGAUUCCCUCGCACCGAAGCAACCACUGCACGGACACAGGCCUGUGCACGAAGCCAGGAGAACGUCCACAAGGAACGGAACUGGAUCAGCUUAGCAAGAUGUUACUGAGCCAUUACCACAAGUUUGGGAAACCCAGCAGGGCAAAGCGAGGUGCGGCAGUGGACACGGCACAUCUCCCGGCUCCAAGUAUAUAUGUGUGUUGUAAAGGAAACAGAUGCUGGCACGAUGUGAAGAUGCGAAAUAAAACAGCUCAAAAAAUCAGAUUAGAGGUGAUAAUGCGAAACAUAACCCACAUAAAGGGCCUAGAAGUGUUGAAAUCUGAAGCAGGCGCUCUCCCGUCAUCACGGGCGAAAAGGGGACAGUCAGGGCGGACUGGUGUCGACGAUGGAGGCGGAGUGUGGGCCAUUUUCACACGCAGGAUGUUGCAGCAGCUGCGGGAGAGGAAUCCUGAGCCAUGGUGGUUAACUACAGCUGAUGACGGAGUCCGGUUCACCAGCAGGGGCAUCUCCGACCGGUGUUGCUGCUACUGCUUGGCCAGCGUCCAGCAUCCUCUUCGUCGGGAGGUGAGGCUAGUCGGCGCAAACCUCCGCGACAUGAGUCCUCCAGCAACACCGAAGCGUCAACACAAACUGCUGGAUGAUGGUUUUAGAAUGACUUGAAUCUGAAUGUAUCCGAAUGUACCAAAGCAGCCGAGAUCCAUCCGUAUCGUGAGGUGAUGAUCCAACUCUUGCUCUGCCUCUUUCUGGCUGUGGUUGGGACUAAAGCGGUAGAUUACAUCAUUUCUGCCUCCGAGGCUACAUCCUGAUGUGAGCCCAACCUGCUGGUGGGUGUACAGGAGCACAUUUGGUUACAAAACACACUACUUUACUAUUUCUGUCUAAAAAAAAACCCUAACAAACAAACAAAGAAAAAAAACUCCAUGCUGAAAAAUGACUUAAUUUUCACCUCUACCCUGCGUAUUGGUCGCUUAAAAAGUGACGCUUAAAACAAUUUAGACAUGUUCAAUAAAACCUUUUAGAUCCGCUGACAUCAAAAAGGUUUAGUUUUGUUGGUGAGUUUUAUGAGAGGGAUCUGGCUGCAGACAAGAUGGCGGAUUGGAACCACAAUUUGCAUACUGUCAACCUCGACCGGAAGUUGUCAACUUGUUCCGGCAGUUAUAUCUAGGGUUAAUUUUAACGCCAACACGUUAUGCUAACCAUAGCCCCAACCUUAACAUUUCAACUAUAAACCUAAUCCUGCUGGAGUGAAAGACCUCUGGUUAACAGGCCUAACGCCAAAUUCCUGCUACUGUCAACAGUCAGCCAUCUUGUCAGCAACCAAGUUCUCUUGCUUUAAAUGUGAUGACUACCACUCAAU